GACAGGCGUCCGGCGCCAUAAUGAGCAGCCCCUCCUGCUCCUCCCUCCCUCCCCAUCCCUUCUUUCCUCCCUCUCUCCUCUGAGACACUGGAGCACAUCUACAGCAACAUCCUCCUCUCUCACGUGGCGUACAGGUCACGUGUACGACCUGGACAGGAGCAAGGCCAUCAUUGCCCUGAGGUGUAAGCGACAGGGCUGUAGCUAUCGGGGUGCUUUCCUGCGCUCUCGUGAAGGAAAGAAGCAGUCUCGUGUGCUUCGCUGACUGAUUGCUACGUUCUGAGCUCACAUUGAAACGAGAGCAGAUUUUUUCUCGAUUUGUGAAUGAUUUGAAGGGGUUCGUUGGUUGGUUGAGAAUACCUUGCUUCAGACACUCAUCGCUGUUCCUAUCAAAAUCCAGACCUUGCCACGACAACAGACAUGAAUACCCAGGUCUGAUUGCUCAUUCCUAGACGUUCAACCUUCAACAGGCUCGAUCCUGUAGUCCUAAGUGGACAGAAUAUGGAUACCAAAGGCAUGAAGAUUCCUCAACAGGACGUGAACGUCAUAGCAUAUGACAACGCCAAUGGUCAAGUUGGAAAUGGCGAUGAUCGAGCAAUCUCGGCCCCUCCAGUUCUUGAAUUCUCUGCAAAGACGUUGUUCUCUUACCAGUCUCCGUUUGGCGUUGGCGAGGCAAGGGCCGACAACGCUUCUUACAACCAGUACUACCCAACGACAGCGACUGAAGCCCAUGCUGUGAACAACCCGAUGA